AUGGACUUUCUGGACCCAAAAAGCGUGUUGAACCUCGACCACAUCAGGCAUGAGCUGGUGCGGAUGGAGGACACCAUUAUCUUCAAUUUCAUCGAGCGGUCGUACUUCCCUACGUGCCCAGUUGUCUACCACGCCAACCACGAGCGGCUGCCGCUCCCCGACUUCGACGGGUCAUUUUUGGACUGGGCGCAUAUGCAUAUGGAGAUGACACAGUCCCAGCUGCGCAGAUUUGAGGCGCCCGACCAGGUUCCGUUCUACCCGGGGAGUAUCCUGCCGCCGAUCCUGCCGCCAGUGCAGUACCCGAAGCUGCUGGCCCCUUACGCGCCGCAGAUCAACUACAAUGAUCGGAUAAAGGCGAUAUACCUCGAUAGCGUUGUGCCUCUAGUGUCGCUGGGGGAAGGCACCUCAUGGGAAAAUCUUGGUUCUGUCACCAGCUGCGACAUCGACUGUCUGCAGGCGCUGAGCAGGAGGAUACACUUUGGCAAGUUCGUGGCUGAGGCCAAGUUCCAGCUCGAGCCGGAGAAGUACACGGCGCUGAUCAAGAAUCGCGACGUUGACGGCAUAAUGGACAGCAUAACCAACAAAUUCGUCGAAGAUAAGAUCUUGAAAAGGUUGCAGGCAAAGGCGACGGUAUACGGCGUCGAUCCGCUGGACAGAAAUUGCAGCAAGAGGGUGACCCCAGAGUAUUUGGCAAAGAUUUACAAGGAAUAUGUAAUUCCGAUCACGAAGGAGGUGGAAGUCGAGUACCUGCUGAGAAGGCUAGAGGGCGAGGACCUGUAA